AUGCGAGGGUGGAAGAAGCUGAAUAGAGCGGCAGGAAAAAGCAAAGAAAGCAAAGUAAAUAGCAAGAUGUUUUGUAAAGCUUGGAGAAAUCUAAGGCAAAUCUCAAUCAAUUUGGAAGUAGAAGAUGAGAACAAUAGUAUUGCAAUUUGCUGUAUCGUCUCUUUGGACUCUUAUCUGCACAUAGUUUGUAUCUAUUUGAUAUCAGUUUCUCCCCAAAGCAAAAUUUUCAGACUCGCUCAAAACCAUUGA